AUAUAGGCACAUAUAGAGAGAGUUCAAACCAACAAGAUAUACAAUCAAGAAAAUUAAACCUUCAGAAAUAUAAAUAUACAAGAGUUUGAAAAAUGAGUUCAACAAGCAGAGCAUGGGUUACAGCAGUGAGUUUGGGAGUAGUAGAGGCACUAAAAGAUCAAGGACUUUGCAGGUGGAAUCACACAAUCAGAGCCGUACAUCAGCACGCCAAAAACAAUCUACGGUCAUAUUCACAGGCCAAGAAGCUCUCUUCUCAAUCUUCUUCUUCUUCUUUGGUUUCUGCAAACAAAUUAGAAUUGAAAAAGGUGAAGCAGUCUGAGGAAUCUCUGAGAAAAGUCAUGUAUUUGAGCUGUUGGGGUCCUUAUUGAUCAUCAAUUCUAAUAGCAGUUGUAUCCCUUUAAUUAGUGUAUAUAUAUCGUUUUUGACAAUAUUGUAAAAGGAUUUUAAGAGCUUGGGCUAAAUUGCCCAGUCAACACUUGUGGAAUGAACAUUUCUGCAAUCCAAAUUACUAAAAAAUUAGUACUCAA